AUGACUUUAGGUAGGCCGGGACCGAGUAUGUCUCGCCGAUCCCCCAGCCUCAGCUCCGAUAGCACCAACAGCCAGACUACAAGCAGAUAUGGCACCCCCGAGCCGAUGGACGUCGUGCCUACAGGAGGCGGAAUAAUAGAACACAUAUUGACUUCCAAGGAUUUCAUUGUUUCUUACGGCGGCUCAAGCCAGUACCAGUCCGGGGGCGUCUCGGCGUGCGGGCUUGCUGCACUGAACUUCGUCCGAGUGAUCUUGGGCAAGGAACAGGGUGGUAUUCGAGGGGAAACCCUGCUUCGCGAAGUCGCUUCACAUCAAACUGCGCAGGAAAUCAUGUCCAUCUGCGGCCAAUGGGCUGGGAGCGCCCACCUGGAAGUCGACGAAAUAUUCCGUGUGCCAUUAUUCCAGCAAUGCCUCAAAUCCUCUGGCACAUUCUUUGAGAGACCAAGCAUUAGCUCUUUCAGAAGGCUACUCGGCCACCUUCAGGAUCCAAAUGCGAGGCAUGUCUCCACUGCUGUGGUGAUAACACGACCACCAGAGAUCGUAGCCUGCAUGAAGAUUGCGACGCAGCAUCAAGACGUGUUCGUGAUCUUCGACUCCCAUCCGCGUCCCAGCCAUCCCGAUGGCGCUGGUUUCAUAUUCAACACCUCCCUUGACGCGACCGCCGAACAACUCAGUGAACUCAUGUCCGUCGACAGAAAGUUGCUGAGCGACGACAACAUGCAGUGGCAAGCUCAACUCCUCGGCAACUUCUCUGGUUUGCUGCUCAAAGCCAGACAGGGAGAACAGAGCAAAGAUAGCAUGGCGCAGACACUCGUCGAAGCCAGCCUCCAAAUCUUGAACGAACGGGGUCAGAUCGCCGAGUUGAAGACUGAGAACAGGGAGUUGAAAGAGAGCAUCACGGCUUUGAAGGAAGAAAAUUCCCUGUUCGUUGCAACAAAUGCCCAGCUUCAGGAAGAACUUCUUGCUCUGCGACAAGAGUUUACCGACGCCCAACGGUGGACGCGGUCCCAGGAAACCAGGAGUAGUAGCCAGAGUACGGGUACUUGGUUCCCUUCCAUCUGGUCUCGGAACCCAUCCCCACCGCCCCAUUCUAGUUCUUCACGAAAGGACAAGCAGAAAGCAAAUAGCAAUAGGUAUGUAAUAGGGCCUCCGGGGCCGGAGUAUCGCCACAAUACUCGUGAGCAAAGUCGUCGAAAUCGUCCUCCAUCCCCCAUACCAGGAUCUUCUCGAUGGGCCGAGAGUAAAAACAUCCAAGACACCGCUAAACAGGCGAAGCCGAGUUCGAUGACAGCAAAGGAAGAAGAGGACCUAUUCAUCGCCCAGCGCAUUUCCCUGCAACUCAACUCCGAUGCAUUACGCGAUGCUUCGAUGGCAGCCAGACUCCAGCGUGAGUUUGAGGAAGAAGACCUACGCAUCAUAUCGGAACAGAGAGACCUCAUGCAACUCGUCCAAGCAACGUUUGAAUGCGAGAUCUGUUUCGAGGAAACCCCAGAGGACGACCUCGCUCAGAUACCGAAGUGCGACCAUUCUUUUUGCAGGCAGUGCCUCCGAGGCCAUAUUGUAAGCCGAGUCAACGACCACAGAUACCCCAUCAUGUGCCCUUCCUGCACGGCAGGCAAGCACGGCGAGCCCUCAGGUAUGAGCGCUGAUUUUCCUCCGUCAGGCCAUUCAAGGGCUGAUGCUUGGUUCAAGUUAUAA